CGCUUCUCCUUCCAUACACCGCUGUGUGUGUGUGUGUGUGUGUCUGUGUGUAUGUGUGUGUGUUUGUGGACCACAGACACAGUGGCUCUUCCAUUCCUGCUGGACUCGGCGGAUCUGUACUCCCUCUCCUCUCCCGGUUCCCCACACACUUCACACAGACUGUGUUCCGCCUCAGCUCGACCCUGACCAUGACGGACACGGCCACCAACAUGCGGCUGAAGCUGCCCGUCACCUGCCUCAUCCUGGAGAUCAUCCUCAUCAUCCUGUUCGGCACGCUGGUCCAGUACGACUACGAGACCGACGCCAAGGAAUGGCAUGAGCACGUGCACAACAACUCACAGAUUGAGAACGACUUCUACUACCGCUACCCAAGUUUCCAGGACGUCCACACCAUGAUCUUCAUUGGCUUUGGGUUCCUCAUGACCUUCCUGCAGCGUUACGGUUUCAGCAGCGUGGGCUUCAACUUCCUGAUCGCGGCCUUCGCCCUGCAGUGGGCCACGCUCAUGCAAGGCUUUUUCCACGGAAUGCACGGAGGCAAGAUCCACAUCGGAGUGGAGAGUAUGAUCAACGCUGACUUCUGCACUGGGUCUGUGCUGAUUUCGUUUGGAGCGGUUCUGGGUAAAACCAGCCCAGUCCAGCUGCUCAUCAUGGCCAUGUUCGAGGUCACCCUGUUCGCUGUCAACGAGUUCAUCCUACUGAGCGCUCUGGGGGCGAGGGACGCUGGAGGCUCCAUGACUAUCCACACGUUCGGUGCCUACUUUGGCCUGAUGGUGGCACGAGUCCUCUACCGACCAAACCUGGACAAGAGCAAACACAGAAACUGCUCCGUCUACCACUCGGACCUGUUUGCUAUGAUAGGUACCAUUUACCUGUGGAUGUUCUGGCCCAGCUUCAACUCCGCCAUCACCGCUCACGGAGACGACCAGCACCGGACGGCCCUGAACACCUACUACUCCCUGGCAGCCUGCACGCUGUCCACCUACGCCUUCUCCGCCCUCACAGCGCAUGACGGCAAACUGGACAUGGUUCACAUCCAGAAUGCCGCCCUGGCCGGAGGAGUGGCUGCAGGAACGGCAGGUGAAAUGAUGCUCACACCCUUUGGCUCCAUGAUCGUUGGGUUCUUGGCUGGUAUCAUCUCUGUCCUGGGCUUCAAGUACCUUUCACCCAUCCUCGAGGAAAAACUGAAGAUCCAGGACACCUGUGGAGUUCACAACCUGCACGGCAUGCCCGGCAUCCUGGGGGCCAUCGUGGGAGCGAUCACUGCUGCCGUGGCAACCAAGGACAUUUAUGGUGACGGAAUGGCUGACGUGUUUCCUGACGUGGCCAGUGGAGACGUCAGUCCAACAGACCAGGGGGUUCGUCAGGCCAUCUCCCUGGCGGUCACCCUGGGCAUCGCUCUGCUGGGUGGACUCAUCGUUGGUUUUAUUCUGAAGUUGCCCAUCUACGGUGCUCCUCCAGACACCUUAUGCUACGAGGACAGCAUCUACUGGGAGGUGCCUGGAGAGGAGGCGGCUCAUGAGGACCAGAUGACCACUGUGAGGGUCGAGGAGUCUGAGAAACUCAACAGUUAAACCCAUGAAACCGUCGUCCGCUGGCAGCAACGCUUCAACGUCAAGCCCCUGGAAACACUGGACUCUUCCUUCACACAUGUCCACCUGUGUCCUCAUGUUCAGUCCACUGGUUUGAUAAACUGCUGCCAAAUAUAAGUUACUUUCUCUGAUGUUUUUUUGUUUUUGUUUUUUUGUUUGUUUGUAAAAACAAUCUUUUUUUUUUAAGGGUAUGGAGAAGGGUGAGCAGAAACAGGUGAAAACUGUGGGACCAAGACCAUGUUUGUUUGGACAGUGUGGGACAUGUCAGAGAUGCAGACAGUGUCCAAACAGCGU